CCGGCCUUCACACGAGCGACCCCUCCACACCCGCUGGAACCCCCGUUUUGGUGUGAGCUCUGGGAAUCAGGUCUACAUGUUGGACCAGGAAGAGGUUCACCCUCUGCUGAUGCGCGAACGGCGCUCAGAGUCUCACAGGAACAAGCUGCUGCGCCGGACCGUCAGCGUCCCGGUGGAGGGCCGGCCCCACCCGGAGAUGGAUCAUCGCACCCGGAGGAAGAGCAUCGCCACUGGGAAGCAGCCCAGCAUGGAGAUCCCUCCCUCCGCCCCCCUUCAGCCCUUCCGACAAUCCAGUUUCCUCAGCAGGAGGUUGAAGGGCUCUAUCAAGAGGGCUAAGAGUCAACCCAAACUGGACCGAAGCAGCAGUUUCCGUCACAUGAUCCUCCCCCGCUUCCGCAGUGCCGACCAGGACAGGACCCGUUUGAUGCAGAGCUUCAAAGAGUCCCACUCCCAUGAGUCCUUGCUGUCUCCCAGCAGCGCCGCUGAGGCGUUGGACCUCACUCUGGACGAGGACGCCAUCAUCAAACCUGUUCACUCCAGCAUCCUGGGACAAGAGUACUGCUUUGAGGUGACCACGGCGUCGGGAACCAAGUGCUUUGCGUGUCGCUCAGCUGCAGAGAGAGACAAAUGGAUCGAGAACCUGCAGAGAGCUGUCAAGCCCAACAAGGACAACAGUCGGCGGGUGGACAACGUCCUGAAGCUGUGGAUCAUCGAGGCUCGCGAGCUUCCGGCCAAGAAGCGCUACUACUGCGAGCUGUGCCUGGACGACAUGCUGUACGCCCGCACCACCAGCAAGCCGCGCACCGACACCGUCUUCUGGGGCGAGCACUUCGAGUUCAACAACCUGCCCGCCGUCCGCAACCUGCGGCUGCACCUGUACAAGGAGACGGACAAGAAGAGACGCAAGGAGAAGAGCACCUACCUGGGCCUGGUCAGCAUCCCCAUCUCCAGCAUCACUGGCCGGCAGUUCGUGGAGCAGUGGUACCCCGUCAUCCAGCCCAGCGUGCUCACCAAGGGCGCCGGCGUGGGUGGGGCCAAGAUCAUCAACGCGUCGCUGCGCCUCAAGUCCCGCUUCCAGACCAUGAACAUCCUUCCCAUGGAGCUGUACAAGGAGUUCGCCGAGUACGUCACCAACAACUACCGCACGCUGUGCGCCGUGCUGGAGCCGCUGCUGAGCGUCAAGAGCAAGGAGGAGGUGGCCUGCGCCCUGGUGCACAUCCUGCAGAGCACCGGCAAGGCCAAGGACUUCCUGUCAGACAUGGCGAUGUGUGAAGUGGACAGAUUCAUGGACCGAGAACACCUUAUCUUCAGAGAGAACACUCUGGCCACCAAAGCCAUAGAGGAGUACCUCAAGCUCAUCGGACACAAGUACCUCAAGGACGCUAUCGGGGAGUUCAUCAGGGCCCUGUACGAGUCGGAGGAGAACUGCGAGGUGGACCCCAUGAGGACGCCGCCCUCCGUGCUGCUGGACCACCAGGCCAACCUGCGGAUGUGCUGCGAGCUGGCUCUGUGCAAAGUGGUCAACUCGCACUGCGUUUUCCCCCGGGAGCUGAAGGAGGUGUUCGCCUCCUGGAGGGUGCGCUGCGCCGAGCGCGGCCGGGAGGACAUCGCCGACCGCCUCAUCAGCGGCUCGCUCUUCCUGCGCUUCCUGUGUCCCGCCAUCAUGUCGCCGUCGCUCUUCAACCUCACCCAGGAGUAUCCCGACGAGCAGACGGCGCGCACCCUCACCCUCAUCGCCAAGGUGGUGCAGAACCUGGCCAACUUCUCCAAGUUCGGGAACAAAGAGGAGUACAUGUGCUUCAUGAAUGAGUUCCUGGAGAUGGAGUGGAGCUCCAUGCAGCACUUCCUCUAUGAGAUCUCCAACCUGGACAGCGUCAGCAGCGCUGGCGGCUUCGAGGGCUACAUCGACCUGGGCCGGGAGCUAUCCGUACUGCACAGCCUGCUCUGGGAGGUCAUGGCCCAGCUCAGCAAGGACGCCAUCAUCAAACUGGGGCCUUUGCCACGCCUCUUGAACGACAUUAGCAUGGCGCUGCGUAACCCUCAUCUGCAGAGGCAGCCGAGCCAUCAGACGGACCGGGUCCAGGAACGGGUCCAGGACCGGCAGACGGACCGGCUGCUGUCACGGCCCAGCUUCACCCGGGGCGUGUCCUCCGAGUUCCAAAACCUCAUGAUGAGGGAUCUUAACAGCUCCAUGGACACCACCCGUUUGCCUUCCCCCACCUCCACCGGAGGCGUCCUGCCGUCUCGCUCCCAGAUGAGUUUUCAGGACCGCGACCCUCGCCGAUCCUCGUCUAAAGACGUGUUCUACGUCCCACGGCCCCCGCUGGCGCGGUCCAGCCCGGCAUACUGCACCAGCAGCUCGGACAUCACGGAGCCGGACCCCAAGGUGAUGAUGCUUCUGGUGCUCAGUGUCAAUAAAAGCGUGUCUAUGAUGGACCUCCAGGAUUCCCCCCUGAACAGCGUGUCUAACCUGCAGUCGGUGGACAUGCUCAACUCCUCCCAGGCCUCCAUCGCCGGCAUGGGCAGCUUCGGCGGGCUGAGCGGCGGCGGCGGUGGCGGCCUGGGCUCGGGCCUGAGCAGCCAGCUGCGGGCCGGCGGGAGGUUGUCGGCUGGCUCCGGCGGCUCCAGCAUGUCCGGCGGCCUCCGGCUGAGCCAGCUGAGCCAGAUGGGCGCCGCCACCGACUCGCUGUCCCAGCAACAGCAACAGCAGGCCGCCGCCAUGCGCUACCCGCUUUCCUUCCAGAAUCCCCUCUUUCACCUGGCGACCGCCGACGGGCCCCAGCAGCACCAGCUCCACCACCAGCACGGCCGGGCCCCGCCCCCCGCCCCCCUGCUCUUGGCCCCCGAGCCGGAGCCGCCUCACCACGCCUACGUCCCGCAGUUCGCCCACGGGGGGUUCUCCCGCAGUGAGGACCUGUCCACCCUCAGGACCCGGGACGGCCACCUGGGCCAGCCCAGCAUCGUCCACUCCCACAGCUACAGCGACGACUACGGCCGCAGGCAGAUGUCAGUCCAGCUGCAGGACCACCUGCAGCAGCAGCAGAUGAUGGGCCUGGCGUCCCAGACGGGGACGUCCCACUCGUCCCUGGCCACGACUCCUCCCUCCACCGUCCAGCCGAUGCGUCAGAGUUCCAUCGCCCCUCCUCCGUCCCAGCGGGUCAAGUCCCAAACGUCCCACCAGCUGUCCGUCGGCGGCGCCGCCGUGCCCUCCGCCCCCCCCAAGCCACGCCCACAAAGCGGAAACCUCCUGCAGUCGCCCGAGUCAGGCUACGGCGGCGGGGGCCGGCAGCACGGGCCGCGGCAGCUGUCCGUCAAGGACAACACGGCGCCCGGCCUGCCCCACCAGCAGAGCUCCGUCAGGGACGGGGGGAGUCCGCAGGGGACGACCAAUCAGAGCACGCAGCAGUCGCCGCAGCAACAGCAGCAGCAGCAGCAGCAUCUGCUCAAACCCAACAUGAGCAAACAGGGCUCGCAGACCCCCUCCACCCUCAACCCCCCCACCCCGGCCAAUGAGCGGACCGUGGCCUGGGUCUCCAACAUGCCUCACCUGUCUGCCGACAUCGAGAGUUCCCGCAUCGACCGCGAGGACUUCAAACUGAAGGAGUACUCCAAGAGCAUGGACGAGUCCCGCAUGGACCGGGUCCGGGAGUACGAGGAGGAGAUCAACUCCCUGAAGGAGCGGCUCAUGAUGUCCCACAAGAAGCUGGAGGAGUACGAGCGGCGGCUGCUGACCCAGGAGCAGCAGACCAACAAGAUCCUGCUGCAGUACCAGAACCGGCUGGAUGACAGCGAGCGGCGCCUGCGGCAGCAGCAGCUGGAGAAGGACUCUCAGAUCAAAGGGAUCAUCAACAGGUACAUGGUUCUGUUUGGUGUCAGUGGUCCCUCUGCUGGGCCGGUGGUCCCUCUGCCGGGGCACUGA